CAAUCUACUGGAACCGGCAAACUUAAAAAACCUCAUCACACUCAUCCAUAUCGCUAUCCUUUCGCAUCCUAAAAUUGACAGUCAAGCUGAGAUUGUCUUGUCCCUGGAGCCACUUUUUUUCGUUGCUACUCUGACAUGUUGCGGCUGCCAUUGAGACAAGCUUCAAGACUACCUACGUUGCGUCGGAUAGCUCUGGAACGAUCGCUACCUGCCACAGUACUGAUCACCCACCGACAUUCUUCCACUAAUGCAUCUCUUCCUGACGAAGCGGUAUCUCAUACUCCGGAAUUGAUCAACGCUCUGCUGGCAGCAAAUCAGCACUUUGUAGAAACCUUUCAUGGAGCUGGCCUCCCAUGGUGGGCAUCCAUCAUUACCGCGACAGUCUGCCUUCGGUCUGCGUUGACGCUACCCAUCGCCGUAUACCAGCAACGUGCUGUAGGUCGUAUGCUCGCGGUCGCUCCCAUAGUUCAAAGUUGGGGUGAGACGCUGAAGAACCAGCUUGCUCGCGAAGGAAAGACGAAAGGAUGGGAGUAUGAAACGUACAACAUAGAACUUCAGAAGCAGUAUCGGGCAAAAGUCAAACAAAUUUACAGGCAAAAUGAUUGCCUGCCAAUGAAGAGCUUCUUGCUCCCAUGGUUUCAAAUCCCUCUUUUUGUUUGCAUGUCAUUCAGUCUUAGGGGUAUGGUCAUAUCACCCGAGCUAAUUGAUAGUCUUUCAGCCGGUGGAUUUGGAUGGGUCACCGAUCUGACAACGAGAGAUCCAACCAUGAUCUUUCCUAUAGCCAUUGGCAUGUCCAAUUUCUUGAAUGUUGAGCUCAAUUCUAUGUAUAUGCGAGACAAACAGUCAUUGCGCCAGAAGGCGCUUCAAAACAUAUUUAGGGGCAUUUCCUUUGCCAUCAUCCCAAUUGCGGCGCAAGCUCCAAUGGCUCUGUCACUUUACUGGACCACUUCCUCCCUCUACAGUGUCGCUCAGAAUGUUCUAUUCCGAGUCCCAGCAGUGCGAAAAGCCCUCAAACUCCCAAUUGUAAAUAAACCAUCUAACAAUGCAACAUAGAAAUUUUCUGGUCUGACAAAAUCAGAUGUUAUAAAAAAAGUUAUUACAUAUUAUGACUGCGCUAUUUCUGCAGAGACAGAGUACAUGAAAGUAACGGCAAAUGUAGCUAGAGUGUUUAUAAAAAAGGGCGGAACUUUUUUAUCCAAACAAGUUCGUAUUGUGAGAGAGUACGUGAGGUUCAGAUGGGAGAUUGAGGAUAAAAGUUGAUAUGUGAAUGGCGUUGAUGGUGCAAAAUGCUUAGUUGGCGAAGUAGUUGGAUGGCACAAUUCCAAUGGUUCCAUCCUGUUUUCUUGCUUGCCACCAAUUUCCUUUACACUCGACGACAUCCAAUGCCUCGCCCUUGGUGAAGCUGAGCUCAGUAGGAUCCUCAGGGUUAGCUUGGU